CCAGGCUCUUCCCAUUCUCCGGCGCUUCCCUCUGUCCCUUGGCUCGCUCUGGCGUGGUUCUCCCGUCCCCUGGUGCGUGCGCGCUUCUCGCUCUCUCGUGGCGGCGACUGGGCGACUAUCGCCUCCGCCCUACAACAGUUGCUCAGGUCUUCUUUGGGCCCUUCGCCGGGGACAAGCACCCACCGGAGAAAAUCAAUAAAUACAUCGGCCUGAAAGAAUGGGUUAUGGCAUGAGUAGGCUAGACGAUGAAUACUAUGAGGCUGAAGGGCAGAAUACUGGUGGAUCUGGCUCAGUUCAAGUGAACGAUGAGUUUGCAACACUACAUAAUGAUAUUUUUCAUAUGACCCGAAUGAGAUCAGGACUUACUGAAAGCUACAAGUCCAUGGGUACCAACAGAGGCAUAAUAUCAACUGCCAAGUUAUUAUCUCGAAGGGAAAUUGAUUGUUCUGGAAAGGGGAUGUUCUCUUCUGGUGACCGUGCAUUUGUUCUAGGUCGUCAUGUUCCGAUGAACAAUCCUGAAUUAUUGGAUAGGAUGGAUUCUCGUGCUUACGUUUCACAGUUUUCUGCUGAUGGUACUCUUUUUGUUGCUGGUUUUCAGGGAAGUCACAUAAGAAUAUACGAUGUUGAUAGAGGCUGGAGCAUACACAAAGACAUUCAUGCUAGGUGUUUAAGAUGGACAAUCAGUGAUGUAUCCUUAUCACCUGAUCAGCGGUAUCUUGCCUACUCUAGUCUGGCACCUAUUAUCCAUAUUGUCAAUGUUGGGAAUGCGGCAAGAGAAUCCUAUGCUAACGUCACUGACAUCCAUGAUGGAUUGGAUUUUUCACAGCAUGAAGAUGUUCAAUAUUCAUUUGGAAUAUUUUCUGUAAAAUUUUCCUCUGAUGGACGGGAACUUGUUGCUGGCAGCAAUGAUGACUCAAUAUAUGUCUAUGAUCUUCAUGCAAACAAAUUGACAUUACGUUUAUCUGCUCAUACAUCUGAUGUCAAUACAGUAGCAUUUGCUGAUGAAACCGGCCAUCUCAUAUAUUCUGGAAGUGACGACACUUUAUGCAAGGUCUGGGACAGGCGGUGUUUGUCCGCAGGACAGGCUGCCGGAGUUUUGACUGGACAUUUGCAUGGGAUAACACAUAUUGAUAGUCGUGGAGAUGGCCGAAGUUUCAUAUCCAAUGGAAAAGAUCAAGCAAUCAAACUGUGGGAUAUCAGGAAAAUGAUGUCCAAUGCUGAUAGUUGUGCAGAUGGAGCCCCAGCCUGGGACUACAGAUAUUCAAGGUAUCCGCAUCAACAUAAACAGUUAAAGCAUCCGCAUGAUCAGUCAAUAGCGACGUACCGUGGACAUACAGUCCUCCGGACAUUGAUCCGUUGCUACUUUUCUCCUUCGUAUAGCACUGGGCAAAAGUACAUAUAUACAGGGUCGUAUGAUUCCAAUGUUUGCAUCUAUGAUGUGGUAAGUGGAUCCCAGGUUGCGAAGCUGAAAUGGCAUCAAAUGGCGAUUCGGGACUGCAGUUGGCACCCAUUUGAGCCCACGCUUGUGAGCUCAUCCUGGGACGGCCGGGUAGUGAAAUGGACCAGCGCACGUGAUGAAGGGGCUUCUGAUGUCGAUUGAGUUGAGUCGACCGUGCAGGUGCAGCGCGAGUGAUCUUUACUGUUCGUGGUUGUGGGCUAAAAAAAAACAUACCCAAUCUUGCACUAAAAAAAAGGAGAGUAAGCACAGCUCGUAAUAAAGAAAGAAGAUCAUGUGUUGCAGUGGUAAUUUGUAAAUGUAAAUACUGAACUGAAACCAUGUGGGCAGGACCGAGUGCAUAAGCACCUUUGUGAAUAUGGUUGUUCCAUAAAGCCUUUUCC